GUAACUAUCUUCACUUCACCCAGGGUGGGGUAUCAGCAGACAGAUUAACACUACCCCUGAAGGAGCCAUGGUGCAGACAGACAGACAGCCAGACAGACAGCCAGACAGAUACCCUGUGGCGGAGGUACAGUAGUGGAGGCACUGUGAUUCUCUUGAGUAAUUAGUCUCUUUCAACAGUAGCUGACUGACAGAGGGAGUAAGGGGACAAACUGUCCUCACAAAGAACUAAAUAGAAGCUGAAUGACAGACCAAGGAAUGGAGAACCAUGACAAGGGUGGAGGUGAAGGAGGAGGAGAAGGAGACAAGAAACAUCUCCCAGAGGAGGUGAGCGAGAGCGACAAGGAGACCAAGGACCAGCGCAACAAGGCGGAGAAGGGAGAGAAGGAGACAGAGAAUAAUGGCAGUGAAAAGGAGAGGGUUGAGGGGAAAAGGGAAAGCUGUCGUCGCUCAGGCUCCCUGUGGAGGGGGGGCUGGGCCCUGACGGAGCGGCUAGCCAUCAACGUGUCGGGGAUGCGCUACGAGACACAGCUCCGCACUCUGGCCCAGUUCCCUGACUCCCUCCUGGGGGACCCUAACCGCAGAAUUCGCUACUUUGACCCUCUGCGCAAUGAGCUGUUCCUGGACCGGAACCGGAACUGCUUUGACGCCAUCCUCUACUUCUACCAGUCUGGCGGGCGGCUGCGGCGGCCUGCCAACGUGCCCCUGGAUGUGUUCUUGGAUGAGCUGCGCUUCUAUGAGCUUGGUGAGGAGAUCAUGGAACGCUUCAAGGAGGAUGAGGGCUUCCCCAAGGAGGAGGUGCCUGCGCUGCCUGAGAACGAGAUGCAGAGGAAGGUUUGGAUGCUUUUUGAGCACCCAGAAUCCUCCUCGGGCGCACGCAUCAUCGCCAUCAUCAGCGUCAUGGUCAUUGUGGUGUCCAUCGCCAUCUUCUGCUUGGAGACGCUGCCUGACUUCAGGAACGAGAAGGAGCUGCGAGAGAAAUUCACCUACCAGCCCCAUCCUACCCUCCCCAACAUCACCAUCCUGGUCCCUCCCACUGGCAGUGCUUUCCAUGACCCCUUCUUCCAGGUGGAGACCAUAUGUAUCUUCUGGUUCUCCUUUGAGCUCAUUAUGCGCUUAGCCAGCUCCCCCAGUAAGCUCCACUUCUUCAAGGACGUGAUGAACACUAUCGACUUCCUCGCCAUCAUUCCCUUCUUCGUCACUCUGGGCACAGAGCUGGCCAGGGACAAAACCUCCAACAAGGACCCGGGCAUGUCUUUGGCCAUCAUCAGGGUCAUUAGGCUGGUCAGGGUGUUCAGGAUCUUCAAGCUGUCGCGUCACUCCAAGGGCCUGCAGAUCCUGGGCCAGACUCUGAAGGCCAGCCUGAGAGAGCUGGCCCUGCUCAUCUUCUUCCUCUUCAUCGGAGUCAUCCUCUUCUCCAGCGCUGUCUACUUCGCCGAGGCGGACAGCCCCGACACGGUGUUCACCAGCAUCCCCGAGGCCUUCUGGUGGGCCGUGGUCUCCAUGACGACAGUGGGCUACGGGGACAUGUACCCUACGACUCUGGGGGGCAAGCUGGUGGGCUCCAUGUGUGCCAUCGCUGGUGUGCUCACCAUCUCCCUGCCAGUCCCCGUCAUUGUGUCCAACUUCAGCUACUUCUAUCACCGAGAGACGGAGUGUCUCGAGAAAAUCAGUGAGUACACCCACAUCAGCACCUCUCUCUGGGAGGGUGAGGAUGAGGAAGGAGACAAGGGGGAGGGAGAUUACACUCCCCUGUAUGUGGGUGACUGCAAGGGAAUCUGUAACCCCCUCAAUGGGACACUGCUGUCAGGACUGUGUGCGGGGCAGGACGGGUGGGAGAACAAAGGCAACGUGUACCUCAGGGAACCCCUGGUCACUCAGGUGUGAGACAGGAUAGAUGGAUAGACAGAUGAUCUGCUGAAUACAACCCUGGUACUCUGCCUCUAAGUUAAAUAGAGAGAAAGAUAAAGGAGGAUUUAAAAAAAAAAUGUUUACCUUUAUUUUACUAGGCAAGUCAGUUAAGAACAAAUUCUUAUUUUCAAUGACGGCCUAGGAACAGUGGGUUAACUGCCUGUUCAGGGGCAGAACGACAGAUUUAUGUCCUUGUCAGCUCGGGGAUUUGAACUUGCAACCUUUCGGUUACUAGUCCAACGCUCUAACCACUAGGCUACCCUGCCGCCCCAGGAUGGCAAAGUAAAGGAGAAGAGAUAGAAAAAAAAUACUAUUUUACUCAAGGACUUACUUGCACGCUUGCACCGUCAAUGGCUUACACCGUUUACUACAAACAGAACUGAUGAGACCAUGGCAGAUAUUGUGACAGCUUGCGUUUUGCUAAUGUCUUUGAGAAUCUAGUAUGAUGCCAUCAUAUUGACAAUAAAAACAGCUUAAACAGAAUGUAUAUUUAUUUAUGAUAUAUUUACCAGAUUGUAAUAACAGUUUAUACAGUACAUACAACUCUAGCAAUUGUAAAUGUUGGUGUUUUUAAGACAUGAGUGAAUUGCAGUGCCAUUUUAUAUGUUAUUGUGUGCUAGCUAGCUAAAUGCACAGGGCCAUUUUGAAUGUGUGUAGAGGGUUGACUAAGGGCGUUUUUAGCAUUUUUGUGAACCCAGUGCAGUUUGCAAUUGUUUUUGUGCAGCGUGAACACUCUCAAAGAACUCUGACCCCCUCAGAAGAGCCCCCUAAGCAAACCGAACUGAGAUCAUCUCGAGAGCUGGUCUGAGUUCGGUUCUUUUGAAUUCCAAGGUUUGAUUCCUUUUUUAGGGCAAUGUGAACACAAAGCUCCCCGGGUUCACUUGUCAUUAUUUCCGCACGACACACUAGGCUACUGCAGCAUUGUUUCCCUUGCCGUAACCACUCACAUCGGUGCCACAAAAGAGAGAAGUGGAUGUGCAGGUUCAUGGAAAAAUAUGUGUUUUUUUAUAUUGAUUAGCGAUUGCCACAGAAAUGUUUAGUUUUUAGUUCAGAUGAUUUGUUUGCCAUAUGUGAUCUAUAGGCUAAGAGAGGUUCAUAAACUGUUUAUUUGAUUGUGGGGUUUGAAUAGUGUGAGAAGACAACAUAUUUGGUGAGAAUCACAACAUAGGGUCCAAAAUCAAUUAUAGCUCUUAAAAGGACGGUAGCCUACAUUGGGUGUACAAUAUUCAAUUACAGUAUUAUUUAAUCUGCAGUUAUUCUUCUGCUAUUUAUCCUGUAACCAAUCAUAUUUACAUGUUAAUAGUGUCUUCUGAUUAAAAUGAUUAUUUCUCCCCUUUUUUCACAAAAUGAAGUCUAUUAGCUUUCAAAAUGUAAGCAGGUGUAUAUAGCUGUCUGAUAACACGUUUUGAUGGAAUGUCUUGUCCUGCACUGCACUUUGUAAAACCCUGGAGUGCAUUGAGUGAAUUUUGGAAAAAGACAUUGGUUCCUUUCUAAACAUGGCAAUGCAAAGAGGACUCGGACCACAGGAUAGGUGAAGUGAACUGACAAAAGAGUUGAGUCCUCAUUCAAAGAUCAGUUCUUUUAAAGAGGACUAUGUGUAAAAACAGUCUAAAUGUCCUGAUGGGACUGGGCACCGUCUCUGAAAGCUAUGGCAGAAAUGCUCUGCAGUGAUAUUGUGGUGACGUGGAACACAAAGAGAUCAGCCUGGGGGCUGUGGUGCAAACAGAGAGCAGCCCUAAGUGUUGGCCCUGGGACAGUGGAGAGUUUUCAGUGUGUAAUGGAGACAGCUAGGCUGGGCGGCAGGGAAAUCUGAUCCUGGACCUGUCAGGCUUCCAGCUGACCCUUCCUCCCAAUGGCUGUGCAGGGCUAACACUAGUAGAUACCACUGGCCUAAAUCCACACUCACCCCACUGGGUAGAAGUACUUUACUGGUCAUCCAAAGACAAUUACCUUGCCUACUUAGAAUGUGUCUUAACAAAAUGCUUUGCACAGUGUUCAGUGUUUAUACUGUGCUUUAUAAAUAUGUUCUUAUGAUCAGAGAUUGUGAGCUGCACAGAUUGUAUAAGAGAGUGGGUUGUGUGUGUAUGUGUAUAUGUGUGUGUAUGGUUACCAGUAUGUGUUCUAUGACUGUGUGUGUGUGUGUGUGUGUGUGUGUGUGUGUGUGUGUGUGUGUGUGUGUGUGUGUGUGUGUGUGUGUGUGUGUGUGUGUGUGUGUGUGUGUGUGUGUGUGUGUGUGUGUGUGUGUGUGUACCAGUAUGUGAUUGAGUGUGUGCUUACGUGUGUGUGGGUGUGUUUGUGUGUGCGUGUGCGUGUGUGUGCGUGUGUGUGUGCGUGUGUGUGUGUGUGUGUCCAUGUGUGUGUGGUUACCAGUAUGUGUGUGUGUGUGGUUACCAGUGUAUGUUCUGUGUUUGUGUGUGUGUUUGUGUGUAUGAACGUGUGUGUGGUUACCAGUAUGUGUGUGUGUGUGGUUACCAGUAUGUGUGUGUGUUUGUGUGUGUGUUUGUGUGUAUGAACGUGUGUGUGGUUACCAGUAUGUGUGUGUGUGUGGUUACCAGUAUGUGUGUGUGUUUGUGUGUAUGAACGUGUGUGUGGUUACCAGUAUGUGUGUGUGUGUGGUUACCAGUAUGUGUGUGUGUGUGGUUACCAGUGUAUGUUCUGUGUGUUUGUGUGUGUGUUUGUGUGUAUGAACGUGUGUGUGGUUACCAGUAUGUGUGUGUGUGUGGUUACCAGUAUGUGUGUGUGUGUGGUUACCAGUAUGUGUGUGUGUGUUUGUGUGUAUGAACGUGUGUGUGGUUACCAGUAUGUGUGUGUGUGUUUGUGUGUAUGAACGUGUGUGUGGUUACCAGUAUGUGUGUGUGUGUGGUUACCAGUGUAUGUUCUGUGUGUUUGUGUGUGUGUUUGUGUGUAUGAACGUGUGUGUGGUUACCAGUAUGUGUGUGUGUUUGUGUGUAUGAACGUGUGUGUGGUUACCAGUAUGUGUGUGUGUUUGUGUGUAUGAACGUGUGUGUGGUUACCAGUAUGUGUGUAUGUUUGUGUGUAUGAACGUGUGUGUGGUUACCAGUAUGUGUGUGUGUUUGUGUGUAUGAACGUGUGUGUGGUUACCAGUAUGUGUGUGUGUUUGUGUGUAUGAACGUGUGUGUGGUUACCAGUAUGUGUGUGUGUUUGUGUGUAUGAACGUGUGUGUGGUUACCAGUAUGUGUGUAUGUUUGUGUGUAUGAACGUGUGUGUGGUUACCAGUAUGUGUGUGUGUUUGUGUGUAUGAACGUGUGUGUGGUUACCAGUAUGUGUGUGUGUUUGUGUGUAUGAACGUGUGUGUGGUUACCAGUAUGUGUGUGUGUUUGUGUGUAUGAACGUGUGUGUGGUUACCAGUAUGUGUGUGUGUUUGUGUGUAUGAACGUGUGUGUGGUUACCAGUAUGUGUGUGUGUUUGUGUGUAUGAACGUGUGUGUGGUUACCAGUAUGUGUGUGUGUUUGUGUGUAUGAACGUGUGUGUGGUUACCAGUAUGUGUGUGUGUGUGUUUGUGUGUAUGAACGUGUGUGUGGUUACCAGUAUGUGUGUGUGUUUGUGUGUAUGAACGUGUGUGUGGUUACCAGUAUGUGUGUGUGUUUGUGUGUAUGAACGUGUGUGUGGUUACCAGUAUGUGUGUGUGUUUGUGUGUAUGAACGUGUGUGUGGUUACCAGUAUGUGUGUGUGUGUUUGUGUGUAUGAACGUGUGUGUGGUUACCAGUAUGUGCUCUAUGACUGUAAACCCUGUUUAUAUUUGAUCAGUUAUCUAAAUGAGUCCCUGUUUUGUUAACAGAGGGGAGAUGAGUCAGCAGAUGUCCACUUCACCACAAAACAAUUAUCUAAACAACAACAACCAAAAUGUCUAGUCUUUCAAAAUGUUGACAUAAUAUGUUAAAUGUAUGAUAUUAUUGGUAGGUUUAGAUACCAUCUGUUUAACUUGGUGAGAGAGCAGAUUGGAUCAUUUGAGUUCCCACUUCACACGCAACCCAAAGGAUUGAAUUGAUUUCCCUCCUUGCAACUAUCUCUUUAGUCUCUAGAGGUCAAAGCACUCAGUGUAAAUCCUCCUAGUCAUCCCAGUUCAGGGACAUCAUACUGAGGACUCUGUGGUUGCUUCUUCUGAGCCAUGAAGCCAGAAGAAACAUGUACUGUGUAUUUUGCAGAUUGAGGAAACUCAGUGACUGUUGAGAAAAGAGAGAAAUGCUUCUAAAUAAAACUGGAGAAAAGCCAGACUAAAGUUGAAAUGAGUUGAUGGGUUUUCAGCAACACUGACGGUUUGAGCAGAUGAGUCUCUUCAUACCCUCACUGCUUGAUGACUGUCCCAAUGAUUACAUACCCUAACCCC